CUCCCUUCUCUCCUCUCGGCAGUGAGACUGUGGUGAAGUUUGAUCCCUAUGGCGACGGGAUGGGACGUUACAACAUUUUCAGUUACCAGCGCAACGCUGAUCGCUAUGGCUAUGUGCCCAUCGGCGAGUGGGCGGAGACUCUGAGCCUGAGCAGUGACCUGAUUCGCUGGCCAAGGGAGGUGGUGCCCCCAUCCCAGUGCAGUGACCCAUGUGCCCGCAAUGAGAUGAAGAAGAUGCAGGCUGGAGAGUACUGUUGUUGGAUCUGUACGGCAUGUGAGGCUCAUGAGUACCUGGCUGAUGAGUUCACCUGUUCGCCCUGCGCCCCCGGCCAGUGGCCCAGUGAAGACCUCACUUUCUGCUAUGACCUGCCCGAGGACUACAUCAUGUGGGAGGACGCCUGGGCCAUCGGACCCAUCAGCAUCGCCAUUGUCGGGUUCCUGUGUACAUCUCUGGUGUUCUGGGUGUUUGUGAGACACAACAACACGCCCCUGGUGAAGGCGUCAGGCAGAGAGUUGUGUUACAUCCUGCUGCUGGGUGUCUUCAUGUCCUACUCCCUCACCUUCCUCUUCCUGGCCAAGCCCUCGCCUACUAUCUGCGCCAUGCGACGCCUCGGCCUCAGCACCUCAUUCGCUGUCUGCUACUCAGCCCUGCUCACUAAGACCAAUCGGAUCGCCCGGAUCUUCAGCGGGGUAAAGGACGGGGGCGGGACCACAAGGCCGCGCUUCAUAAGCCCCACCUCUCAGGUGUUUAUCUGUCUCAGUCUGAUAUCGGUCCAGUUAGUGAUGGUGUCAGUGUGGUUGCUGCUGGAGGUUCCCGGUACCAGGAGGUUUACGUUACCGGAGCGACGGCAGACAGUGAUCCUGAAGUGUAACGUCCGUGACUCCAGCAUGCUGCUGUCACUAGUAUAUGACGUGCUCCUGGUCAUCCUGUGUACCGUGUACGCCUUCAAGACCAGGAAGUGUCCAGAGAACUUCAAUGAGGCUAAGUUCAUAGGAUUUACCAUGUACACAACCUGUAUCAUCUGGCUAGCAUUCCUGCCCAUAUUCUACGUCACAUCCAGUGACUACAGGGUCCAGACCACCACCAUGUGUAUCUCUGUCAGUCUCAGUGGUUUCGUGGUGCUGGGCUGUAUGUUCGCUCCCAAGGUCCACAUCAUCAUGUUCCAACCACAGAAGAACGUCACCAGUCUCCGCCUCAAUAUCAACCGCUUCAGUGUCAGUGGUCCUGCCACCACAUGCGCUUCACACGUGAGUGCCCAGUAUGUACCGACUGUGUGUAAUGGGAGAGAAAUUGUUGACUCCACCACUUCCUCUCUGUGACCCCACCCACUCACCUCUCUAUCCCCACCCCCCAGAGACUUAGCCAAUAGGCACACAUUGUGCCCCCCUGUCCCCUCCUCCCACCACGUGGACUAGCACAGUACCAUUUCAUGUCUGUAGAAAGCGUGUAUUAUGAUUAAAUUAUUUUCUAGUGCUGUACAUAUAAUGGAAUCAACAUUGUUGUAGACAUACAAAAGAACAAAAAAAACUUUGUAGGAGGAUUUUUUGACGCUUUGUUUUUGAUAGCUUUGUUAAAAGGCUGUGUUCAUUUAUUUAUAACUGUGCACUGGCUGGGUUGUGAUAUGAGUGUGUUAGGGUUGUGAUAGGAGUAUGUGUGUGUUAGGGUUGUGAUAGGAGUGUGUUGUCUGCAUUACAUGCUGACAACACCGGCCACGUGCGUGCGUCUGCAUGUGCCAUUGUGCGCAUGUUGAUUUUGUACAUCCACACCAGACGCGAUCGUGACACGCAGGUUGAAAUAUCAAAACCAACAAUAUUAAUUUGGAGGUAGGUCGAAACAUUCAUGGAUAUUUAGCUAGCUAGCUGUUGGGACUGCUAGUUAGUCCUGGGAGAUGAAUAUUGGGUUGAUAUUUUACCUGACAUGCAUAUGGUCUUCUAACAUUUUGACCCGGAGUCAUACAAAAUCUUGUGUUUCUCUACUCUGACGAUUAAUCCACAGAUGCCACACAGAAAAAAUGGAAACCUACUUAGUUUUGUUAUCUUUAAUUAAUCUCUCCUGUGUUUGUCAAGCAUCCACGUGGGUCUGUAUCUCCCUGAUAUUCAAUAAGGAGGGGACUUGCAGUCAGUGGAGCGUCUCAAAUAGAACCAAGUUCUAUUUUAGCGUGUGGCUAUGCAGACGCUCGUUCAAGCGCGUGAGCGGUGCGUAUGAAAUGAUUGAAUAAUAUAUACUGUAUCUGUCCAUUUAUUUUGCAACACUCGUGCACGCAAUGUGGCCUGUGGAGGUUUGCGUGUUAGAGUUGUGAUAGGAGUGUGUGUGUGUGUGUGUGUUAGGGGUGUCUGAAAACAGAUGUUCUGUACGAGUAGUGGCUGCAACAGCCUCACCUGCAAUAGCCCACAGACUUUCUACUCUUGUGCUUUUUUUGUAGGUCUCAUUGUAAUAACCCAGUCAGUAUGCAUUUGUAUGUUGUAUCUGUAUAUAAUAUUACUGAUGGUUGGAACAGCACAAUGUUGAGAGUAUUAUGUAACUCCAGUAGGAUUCCCACUACUGUGGACUGACUGUGGAUGAAGCUCUGUGAGUGUUGACUAGCCCUUAGGAAUAGAAUAUAGUAUAGUAUAGUAUGUUGAAUCACACAUUUGCUCUUAUUAUGGCAGAAUAGUAUCAAAUAUUUAUUUAACUUUCCCAAUAUGGCAGCCAGUCCACCCAAUAUGGACCAUGGUUUUCAACUGGAAUGUUCCUUCUACUCAUUCUAAUUCCAUGGAACAGCCACUGUAUAGGAGGGUCCCUUUACCUUGAUGGCCAUAGUAACAGACGUGUGUACAACAACAACACAAUGUUUCUAUUUAACUGGUAUUUCCGCAUCAAACGUUAGCAUCAGUGUGACAACACAAGGUAGUUCAUUAAAAGUGACUCUUUCCAAGUCUUAACUGUCAAUAUUAAAGAAACAUUGUUGAUGCACUGCCACAAUCAAACUCAGUCACUGAUGUUUAAUUUAGCAUUUACAAACAUUCUUUGAAAUCAUUCCACAAGCACGGUUUGUAGAAAAGACUUUGCUGCGAACAAGUCUAGUUGAACACACAUCUUCCCUGCAUCCUUUAAACCAAUGGGUAGUGCGCUCUCCCAUGUCAAUGUGUCCUGUAGUCAUGUGAUGUUCUAUUAACUGCUGUGUGUCUGCUAGGCUUAUGCUCCAGGUAGAGGCUGUCCUUAUAGGCACAGAUCUAGGAUCCGUUUACAGUCCACCAAUCCUAACCAUAACCAGUAGGGGUAAAGAUGUAAAACUGACCCUAUCCUGGUCGCCUCGUCUUCUUUUCCGUAGUGUGAAACAUUAAGGAAGUGGAGUCCAGGAGAAUGAGGCCACACCCCUCUCUGCUAACAGGAUUUCCUGGGGUGUGAUAACCGGUGUUACACCUCUGACGCAGUGCGCCUGUCAAACAUUUCCCCAAAGUCUUAGCAAUAGUGAAAGACAGACACAAAGAGGGGGAGAGAGAGAGCGUUUCUGUGAUUGAGCGAACCUAAAGAAGUUUGUGUGUGUGUUGCAGCAGGCAGAGAGGACCUGGAUUAUGUAAAAGCAUCCCAUGGCCCAGGAGGCAGAGCAGCAUUGUUCAGCCCAGACACACACUAACAUACACACAGCUCAGAGAUUGGGAGGCUUUGUUGUCCCUAGGCUUAUGCAUUCACUCCCCAGCCUUGCAGCCACCAGAUACUAGACCCUCCUAUUCCCUCCCCGCAUUGCACAUCGCUAUGGCAAACCACUGCAACAUCCACUUUCACAAUUCCUUUUGUUCUGAUAGAGUGGGAUGGGGGAGUCAAGCAUGAAGAACAGAGGUGUGGGAUGUUGAAUCACACAAGUUCAAAUCAAACUUUAUUUGUCACAUGCGCUGACUACAAGUGCACAGUAGACCUUACCGUGAAAUGCUUACUUA